AUGCAUAACGUUCGAAAUCUCGUUCGCAAGAACGGUGUUCCCGCCUUCGCGUAUCCUGCACACGAUGCAUCCACGUUAUGGUCAUGCAACCUAAAAAUUAUACACCGCAAUACGGAAUUCACUAUAUCUCUUGAACAUCCCAUGGACGUUGAUGGCGAGCAGCGACUUGUUACUCUUCGCUAUGAAGGCGACAAUCUUGUGCACGGCGGAAUGUCGCUCGAGUAUCGCGACAUUAAGGUUCCAGCUGAACCUGUCUUCGGGAAACUACGGCAAGGAAACCCUAAGCCUCAACUAUUACUCUUGAUGCUGGCACAGGCGACAAAUAUAUGCAUCUACUUCGACACUUGUUGGCUAGGUGAGAAUACCGCAGAAUUUCAAGAGAUUGUCCGAAGCUCUCAGGCGUUCGUUGGGGUUCCGCUUAUCCCACAAUUUACCAGUCUUUACCAAAAGGCAGACUGGCAAAUUCUCAACUUUAUCCUGGCUGCUGAGCGCAGGACCUAUAUUCCUAGCGAAGACUCGGUGUCUGAGGCUAUACUCUCCAUUGAGCGUGUAAGCGCUGAGGCACCUCCCUCCGAAGAUGCGAUACACGAUAAUCCCCCUCCGUACGCGCAUGAUAACAAUAUGUUGGGUAAACGCUCGAGACCUGAUUCUAGCUUGACGCUUGAUGCUCAGGAUUUGAAGCGCGCCCGAGGACAUUCAUGCUCAUCCUCGGAAACAGAACUCGCUACUCCUGCGCCAUCGCUUCGGGCUGAGUCAACAGCUUCGUCUACUGCCACCGUUCCAGCUGACCUUUUCCAAGAAGCUGUCACUUCUGCCGUCGAGAAGGUGCUCUCACCCAUGUUGGAGAAGAAACUUGUACAAUUGGUUAGGGAGGAGCUCCCACGGGUGGUAGCAGAGCUUUUUCGGGAAACGCCUACUGGCCAAUCUCCCUCGCAAUGCUUGUCACCAGCAUCACCUUGCAAUCGAAUCCCAAACGUGCUCACACACCACGAUGCGACUUCCACCCAUCAUCCUACUCUUAACACAAUGAUCAAUGAAGCUGUCCAGAAAGCCUUGAAAGAAACCUGGCAUGAACCUCUCGAUCGACAUCACCAAUCUAUUACUAUUAGUUUAGAUGAGCAUAGCGAGGAUUUAAGGAUUGGCUUGGAAGCUAGUCACGAGGACCAUAUGUUCGAUUGCAACGACAAACGUUACGAAAUGGAAGCAGAGUUCAACCAGCAUCUAUUGGAUGCCCUUGACGCUUUUGUAGAUAUUGUCGAUAAGGUGGUAGAGAAUUGUUUGAACAAGUUUGGCGAUACUAUUAGCAACCAAGUGUUUUUUAGACGCGGGGAUGCCCUUGUUGCGUCAAAACAAAGCCAGAGGGCGACAUCUCUGCCUGUUUCGACGUAUGACAACAAGAGAAUUGCGGAGGGGGCAUAA